AUGGAUGCUACCAAUGAAGAGCCUGACCUGGAAUAUCCUCCCUCAGACACUCCAAUGGGCUCGGAUGAUGAAGUAGUUGGAUCCGACGUGGCAACCCAAACUUGCAGCAACGAAGUGGAAGAACCCUAUGAAUGGACAGAGGGAAGCCUGGCCAUGUUCGAAAAUUAUGGUGUGGUGCCUCCCUUGGCAAUGCGGCAGGAAUGCGAGGAAGAAAGCAAGGUUGACGAGGAUUUAAGAGAGGCAGCCACUGCAGCUGCGAAGAAACUCACCAUCCGUCUUCCUAGCCAAAACCAGCAUAGAGGCACCAAUGCGCCGAAGCUAGCUCCCAAAGCGCGCCAUCUGGGAGACAACAAAGCCAAAAAACCUGCAGAGGAGGCCGAUGGUGUGACAGAGAUUUUGGACACACCUAAGGCCAGUAAGAAGAAGAGAAAGAAGAGAAAAAAGCUCACCAAUCUGAUACUGCAAGCGAAGACUCAGAUACAGAGCCCAAGAAAAAGAAAAAAAAGGUUAAAGCUCACCGGUCAAGCAUUGGAAGCGACUCAGAUCCGGACACCGGCGAACUCCCCAAGGCGAAGAAGACCUCUCGUCAACCGUGGACAUCCACGCAAGGUUGUCGAUGACACACCAGUCACACCAAAAGUCUGGAGCGUGUCCGUGUUUGUUGAGAUUGCUUUGCCUCCAAAGCUACAAACUGGGAAGACGCCAUGUGGUGACAAGUUUGUGAAUAUGCCAGCCAUGAUGGGAGGGCCAUUUGUCUUCAUGCGAAAAAUGACAUGGGAGAAAUUCCUGGAGGAGGUUGCUGAAAUCGUGGACGUCGACAUUGAGAAUCUUGGGUUAGAUGGCAUGACAUGGGGGUUCCAAGAGAAGAAGGCAAAAUUACCACUCACCAACGACCAUGGGUUCCAGACUAUGCGGAACCAGAUCAAGAAUCACCGUGACUUGUCCUCCAUCAUCAUCGUUGUCUACCACCCUAUUCCUUGUGUUAGGCAACCUCGAGCAACAUUGCGAGAAAGUUGCAGUGCACCUCAGCCAGAUCCAGAUGGUGGGAGAGUCCAGGAAGUUCCUACUCGGUGGGAAGCCAAGAUCGGCCUUGAUGUUCAGCUUGCACCCAUCAUCGAGAAGCUUGAGGAGAUGUAUCCUGUCUCGGCGUGCGCUGAACACCAUGGAAUCAGAUGCUUGACGCACUCACCACACUCUGGCGAGUAUUGGCACUUCGAGCUAGAUCACAAAAAGCUAUCACUCUGGGCAAAUGCUAUCCUAAGGUGUGAGACUAGUUAUGAUAGAGUCCCAUUAGGUCGUGCAGGCUUUACUCUGAAAGAGAAAAUGCCAGACAGGAAGCAAGCAGCACCACAAACUCCAGGACGAACACAAGAGGUCCAUGCACAACCAAAUGGCUUUUUCCCGGGCUACGGGCCUCCGACAAUGGCUCCAAUGCCCCACCCCUCUCCUCACUACUAUCCAUACCCACCACCCAGUCCCUUCGGCUACGGCGCCCCUCCUUUAUGGGGGUAUCCAAACCCUAAUCACCCACCAUCGAUGCCAAUGCCUCAAGCUACCCCUUCCCUCCCAUUUCCAACACCUCAAGCUACCGCUUCUCUCCCACUUCCAGCAUCAAACACGAAUGGGGUCCAGCAGUGGUGUGUUCAGAACCGACUUGGCCAAGAAGAGUUUCAAGGCCUAGUCAAACUCGGGUUCCAUGUCGGCGAUGACUUGACUGGCCUUGAUAGGGAGAUGUGGACUUGGGCAGGCCUUGGCCCCUUGCACAAAUCAAGGAUUCUGGCAGCCUGUAAUUCAGGCCAGGCUGGACCAUCCAAUACCACCCAUUCAUUCCCGACAUCUCUUUGA